UCGGAGGUGGAGGCUUUGCCGUCGGUCUCGCAGCUACCAGAACUCCUGCAGGACCAGUCGGAGGCGCAGGCUUUGCAGUCGGGGGUCUCGCAGAUCCCGGAACUCCUGCAGCACCAGUCGGAGGCGUCCAGGUUCUCGCAGAUCCCGGAACUCCUGCAGCACCAGUCGGAGGCGCAGGCUUUGCCGUCGGGGGUCUCGCAGAUCCCGGAACUCCUGCAGCACCAGUCGGAGGCGUCCAGGGACUCGCAGAUCCCGGAACUCCUGCAGCAGGCUUUGCCGUCGGGGGUCUCGCAUAUCCCGCCGAAGCACGUCCCCUGA